AUAAAGAGCACAGAAAUGGUUGAGUCUUUUUUACGGGUUUGGCAGUUUUUUUUGUUGUUGAAUCAUCAGAAAGCUCUUGCCAUGUCGGGGUCACCAGAACUCAUUGUUUUCCUUGUGCUACUCCUCCUGGGGACAUGCUCCACGUAUGAAAAUGUGGCCUUGCGUGGAAAAGCAACCCAGUCAAACCGUUAUGAUCACAUGUUUGGGGCUGCCCUGAAUGCUAUUGAUGGAAACCGUGAAUCUAACGCCGAAUAUGGAUCAUGCACCCACACUGCUAUACAGACCAACCCCUGGUGGAGAGUGGACCUGCUAGAAUCCUAUGUCGUCACCUCCAUCACCAUCACCAACAGAGGAGACUGCUGUGAACACAGGAUCAAUGGGCUGCAGAUCCACAUAGGCAACUCUUUACAAGACAAUGGCUUAGGAAACAAAUUGGUUGGUACAAUUACUGAAAUGAGUGCAGCCGAAUCGUUCAGUCUGCCUUUCACUGAUCGUGUGGAGGGACGUUAUGUCACUUUAUCUCUACGUGGUUCAGGAAAGAUCCUUACAGUAUGCGAAGUGGAAGUCUAUGGGUACCGUGCCCCAACUGGAGAGAACCUGGCACUCCAAGGAAAAGCCAUACAGUCUUCAUUGUAUUCCAUGGGCGCUGCAAAUAAUGCCAUAGAUGGGAAUCCAAGCAGCAAGUGGGAAGACAGCUCCUGCAGUCACACUAACAACGACAUCAGCCCCUGGUGGCGACUGGAUCUGCGCAAAACCCAUAAAGUGUUUUCUGUUAAGAUAACUAACAUAGAUUCAAACCCAGAACGACUCGAUGGAGCUGAGAUACGAAUUGGAGAUUCCCUUGCAAACAAUGGCAACGACAAUACCAGGUGUGCUGUGAUCACAAGUAUCCCGGCAGGUGGUGUUGCUGAAUUCCAGUGUAACGGGAUGGACGGUCGCUAUGUUAACAUUGUCAUUCCAGAAAGAGAGGAGUUCCUGACUCUGUGUGAGGUGGAGGUGUAUGGCUCCAGACUGGAUUAGGCCUGACAAAGUUCAAAAUGAAUAACAGCAACAUUUUGCUCUUAUAUGUACUCAUAGUAACUGGAAUCACAACAUAAGCUUCAAUGUAGUCAGAUAAAAACAAUAACAUUCAACAAGUGGAGCAAUUUGUGUCUUAAUCACUUCCUCAUGAAUUCGUUAUCUCCUAGUAUGACAGAGAUUGCACUGGGGGAUUUUUAGCAAAAAGUAGUUCACAUGCUAUGGACACUUGUUUAUGUUACGGCAUUUCAUAGUUGAUUUUGUCCUUAUUGGUCUGGACCAAAACUCUUUACAAGUUACAUUUAAAGUACGUGAUAACUGUAGUUGUUCUGCUGAAGGGUUCUACCUGUUAAAAGGGAGUUGACAUUGUCGCAAAGUGCUUGCUCUUUGAAUCGUUUGGUUCUCUGUAAACAAUAUUACAAAAAAUACAGUCCUGUUCAAUAUUAAAGGUGCGAUUAGAUAAUUAUGUCAUGAAUUGCCAUCCAUCCAUCUUCAUCUGCUUAUCCGAUUGGUGCUAUAUAAAUAAAAAUGAAUUGUAUUAAUAGAAGUAAAAUAUGUUCUACUACUUUCGCUUCUUCUCACCUGCUAGCAUGUUUACUGCUGGCUGAGCAGUGGGAGCUGUUAUUAUCUUAUAGACCACACUGACGGUAUUAAAAUACUGUUUUAUGAGUUUUUAUAGAUUUUUUUUUUACCAUUCAGUUAUUCUGUUUCUUGUGUUUUUACUAGAGUGAAGCUAAUUUUGCAUGAAUUUUAAGGGUGUAAUGCAACAUAUUGUGAAGGGACAUUGGCUUACUACAAGUCUUUAUUUAGUUUGUUUCAUCACUUUGACAUUGAAAAUUUUGCAUUGAUUACAUUUAAAUCACAGAGCUGCCAACCUGCUUUGUCAAAGCUAAAUAUUAGUGGUAACAUAAUGAAAUUAAACUUGUUUUGAUUUGU